AUGAAUAUCAUAGAGGAGAGGACCAUAAAUGUUAAAGAGGAGGACUGUGAGUGGGAGAGUGUCCACCCCAAACAGGAGAGUCUGGAAAUCAAGGAAGAGGACCAUGAGCUGGGGUUAGUGAGUAUUAAAGAGGAGGAUAAAGAUGAGUGUGUCAGCACUGAGAUACACAACUGUAGGAGUAUGGAGAGUGUCAAGGAAGAUGACCUUCAUUAUGGACAUCAAGAUGGAGCAGUGACCGGAUUAGUCUCUUCUUAUAGCAGACACUCUUCAUCUCUGGAGUCUUCUAUCAAUGUAAAAUAUGAAUCACUACAGUCUGACACAAAGGGGACUGAGGAUGUUUCAUCUCCUAGAAGUCAGCGAGAUCAGCCACCACCACCUACAACAUCAGCUAAAACAAGAAUCAAUCUUCACUGCCAUUCUGAAUGUGGUAAACAGUUUUCAAUAAAAUGUAGUCUUCAAAGCAACCGAAGACUUCACACAGCAGAGAAGCCAUAUUGCUGUUCUGAAUGUGGUAAACAGUUUUCACAAAGAUUACAGCUUCAAAGGCACCAACGAUUUCACAUAGGAGAGAAUCUGUAUUACUGUUCUGAAUGUGGUAAAAAGUUUAUGCAGAGAAGCCAUCUUCAGACCCACCAAAGAAUUCACUCAGGAGAGAAGCCGUAUUGCUGUUCUGAAUGUGGUAAACAGUUUUCAGAUAGAAGCAGUUUUCAGCGCCACAAAAUAAUUCACACAGGACAGAAGCCGUAUUGCUGUUCUGAAUGUGGUAAAAAGUUUACACAGAGAAGCAGUCUUCAGAAACAUCACAGAAUCCACACAGGAGAGAAACCAUAUUGCUGCCUUAAAUGUGAUAAACAAUUCUCUCAUACUAGUUAUCUUCAGACACACAUUAAAACUUGCAAAGCAGAGAAGUCAUAUUGCUGUGCUGAAUGUGGUAAAAAGUUUUCACAGAAAGGCCAUCUUCAGAACCACCAAAAAAUUCACAGAAGGGAGAAGUCAUAUUGCUGUUCUGAAUGUGGCAAAAUGUUUUCAUGGAGAAGCAGUCUACUGAGCCACCAAAGAAUUCACUCAGGAAAGAAGCCAUAUUGCUGUUCUGAAUGUGGAAAAACAUUUUCACAGAGAGGCAAUCUUCACACCCACCAAAGAAUUCACUCAGGAGAGAAACCAUAUUGCUGUUUUGAAUGUGGUAAACAGUUUUCAGAUGGAAGCAGUUUUCAGCGCCACAAAGUAAUUCACACAGGACAGAAGCUGUAUUGCUGUUCUGAAUGUGGUAAAAAGUUUUCACAGAGAAGCAAUCUUCAGGGCCACCAAAGAAUUCACACAGGAGAGAAGCCAUAUGAGUGUUCUGAAUGUGGUAAAACGUUUUCACAAAGAUUGCAGCUUCAAAGACAUCAAAGAUUUCACACAGGGGAGAAUCUGUAUGACUGUUCUGAAUGUGGUAAAAAGUUUAUACAGAAAGGCCAUCUUCAGAACCACCAAAGAAUCCACACAGGGGAGAAGCCAUAUGACUGUUCUGAAUGUGGUAAAAAGUUUUCAUGGAGAAACAGUCUUCAUAUCCACCAAAGAAUUCACAGAAGGGAGAAGCCAUUUUGCUGUUCUGAAUGUGGUGAAAAGUUUUCACUGAGAAGCUCUCUUCAGAAACAUCAAAUAAUUCACACAAGAGAGAAAAAACUGACAAACUCCCCCACCUUGUCCACAGAUGCUAAGCAGCAGAAGAAACAAUUAAAAAAAGUUUGAUGGAAACAAAAAGAAGUAAUUGGGGAAACUA